UCCCUCUCCACCCCACAGCCCCUCGCCUUGUCACCCAGUGCAGGGGCUGACAACCCUUUGCCCAAACUUAUUGGCGCCCGCCUAGUGCGCCAGCUGCAUAGGUAGUAAAUCAGGUGCAAAGAAGCGGUGUGUUAGAAAUGCAGUCUUCCUUAACGAUGACAUCUGCGUCUUGCUUCUCCAGAGCUAGCCUGCCUUUUUUCUUUUUUAACCUCCUGGUCUGAAAUUUGCAUAGGCUUGCAAGGUGCUGAUCAGGGGCUUUCGCAGAAGGAAAGUUGCAAGGUUGUAUGACUUGCAUUUUGCGCCCUUUACAAGUAUUGUGCCCGCGCUGUUAAAACCCACACAAGCUGUAAAAUUAUAUUGGGCUAAUAUCAGAACGUACGGUCGGCUGAAGAGAAGGCCGGUGUAAUAAAUACUUUAACGUGUUUACUUAAAAUAACGUGCGCCGUGUUUAAAACAGGCCACAAAAGUUUAUGUGACGCUAGUGACCUAACAUAUUGAGUUAAUGGUAUUUAUAAUCUGUGCUCACAUUUGCUUUUCACAUAAUACUGAUUAUUUUUCUCGCAGAGAACUCGGCAUUUUAUUAAUUGCUGUGAUCUUGGACCGUUUUAUACAUACAUGUAAAACUUGGUACAGGUGUGGUUAGUGUUGUUGUACCAUGUACAUUAUCCUUUUUGUAAAGUUAGCCAUAGCCUUGUGGGUUUGCACAAGCGAUAUUCAUGCUGAAGCACAAGCCAAUGUCUGAAUUCCAUGGAGUUUGCUCUGAGAUAAGUGUACAGUACAGUAUCUAGGAUUGCAGGGUAGUUUCUCAUCUUUAAAGGAGCAAAUUUAAUUGAAUGCUUUUACUUGUCUGCCCUAGUUAGGUUAUUAGUAACGCCAAAUAAUAUGAAAGAAAAUGUUUUAAAGCCCUCUGGUUUGUCCUUAAUCAGUGACCUCUGUGUGUAUUUUUCCAUUCUUUUUGAUAAGGAGUUCUGUGCUGUCAAAAGGCUUGCAUGCUGUCUUACUAGCAAAAGCCUGGCUUUGUAUGAACCAGCUUGUUUUAUUGGGUGAAACUAUUGACAUCCAAUAUUCAGUGGUGCUUGUUUAACUUCCCAAAUGACUUAAAUUCCUAGUGUCUUUAAAUAGAACAACAUGUGACCACAUAACAGUGAAUUUCAAUAAAUUAAAUGGGUUCUCAAUAGGACUUGUACAGAAGUUCUGUACCAUUAAAAUUGUGCCCUAUGAGUACAAACGUCCUUAAUUCAAAACGCCCCUCUGUCAUGAACUCAUGCACUGACUUUAGGGAAGACAUUUCUCAUCCCAUUCCCAGAUCUGUAAUAUGAUAAAACUAAAGAUGGCUUGCUUUACAGGGUGGUUUUACGGAUUACCAGGAAAAUAUACACGGAGCGCUUUGAGCACUUCAAAAUUACUAUAUAAGCAAUGAGUUAUAUAUGUACAUAUAUAUGUAUGCUUGCAUGUAUAUUAUAUACAGUAUUGUUGCCAUCAUGUGUCAAUAAGUCUUUGGUCAUGUUAGAAUCGUAGAGUUGGAAGGGACUCCGAGGGUAAUCUAGUCCAACUCCCUCCUGCAGCGCAGGAAUCUUUUGCCCAAUGUGGGGCUCAAACCCAUGACCCUGAGAUUAAGAGUCCUAUGCUCUACCAACUGAGCUAUAUACUGCAUUUAUGCGCACACCACAUACUUUACACAGUUGUUGGAUUGUUCAGCAGUGUGAAAUUCCUUCGCUUGCUUAUCAUGCUUAUGGCAUUAAAGUUGAAGUCCUAAACAUGAGCAAGCCCCAAAGAGCACAGUGGUGGUGUUUACUUUUAAGUAAACAUGAAUAGGAUUGGUGCCGCACAUCAUUCAUUUCCUAGUGGCUUUAUGACAUGAAGGUAAUUAGACUUCUUGUCUGUGGAAAUCAACUCGUUCCUUAUGUUUACUGUCCUUUAGUGUUUGUAAGUCAUCCUUGGCUGUUCUGUGACUAAGUCACAUGAUUACACAAUACUACAUUUUAAAAAAAAUGUGGAGAGCCUUCAAUUGCUGUAGCUCAGUGAUAGACAGCUUGUAAGGGGUCUUAGGCUGAAUCUAUAGCACCCCUAGAUAGUGCUAGGGAAGCUGUCUGAAAUCCUGAAAACCUGCUGCCAGUCACUAUAGACAGUGUAGGUUAAUGAGACAGGAUUUGCAUCUGCAGAAGCCAUAACAGCUGUUAUUCAGCAGGGCUUGUUCUUCUCUUUCCCUCUGUAAGACCUUGAUAUCAACCUCUCCACAAAUCACUCCAUGUUUGGCACUACUUGAAAUAUUGCAGGGGUAGGGAAUCCGUUGCCCUCUAGAUGUUUGAUUACAAUUCUCUUUAGUUUUAGUUAGCAAGGGAUGAUGGAAGAUGUAGUCCCUCAACAUCUGGAACAGAGCCUGCAUCUCUGUUGUGUAUGCCCCUUUGUCUGUAUGGCUACUGUGACAUAGAAGAUCAUCGCAAACCCCCUAUCGAGCAGUGUCUUCUAGGGCAAUGGCUUCCAAAACUGCUGUUGGAUUCGUUGGUUUGGGUAACAUGGGAAAUCCAAUGGCGAAAAACCUUGUAAAACAUGGGUACCCUGUUAUAGCAUAUGAUGUAUUUCCAGAAGCGUGUAAAGAAUUUCAAGACUUGGGCUCACAGGUGACAGAUUCCCCAGCAGAUGUAGCAGACAAAGCUGACAGGAUUAUUACGAUGCUUCCAUCUAAUGCUAAUGCAAUAGAAGUCUACGUAGGCUCCAAUGGAAUUCUGAAGAAAGUGAAGAAAGGUUCUUUGUUAAUAGACUCCAGUACUAUUGAUCCUGCAGUUUCAAAAGAUCUAGCUAAAGAAGCUGAAAAAAUGGGAGCUGUUUUUAUGGAUGCCCCUGUUUCUGGUGGUGUUGGAGCUGCCCGAGCAGGAAACCUUACGUUCAUGGUUGGAGGAGUGGAGCAAGAGUUUGAUGCUGCAAAGGAGCUGCUUACAUGUAUGGGUUCAAAUGUGGUCUACUGUGGAGAAGUUGGAACUGGACAGGCUGCAAAAAUCUGCAACAACAUGCUAUUAGCCAUUAGUAUGAUUGGAACUGCUGAGGCCAUGAAUCUUGGAAUCAGGUUAGGGCUUGACCCAAAGCUGCUGGCCAAAAUCCUAAAUAUGAGCUCAGGCCGUUGUUGGUCAAGCGAUACUUACAACCCAGUACCAGGAGUAAUGGAUGGCGUCCCUUCUGCUAACAAUUAUCAAGGUGGCUUUGGAACAACCCUCAUGGCCAAGGAUCUUGGUUUGGCUCAGGUUUCCGCUACCAACACCAAGACACCAGUCCUUCUGGGCUCUCUAGCCCAUCAGAUCUACAGGGUCAUGUGUGCCAAGGGCUACUCCCAGAAAGACUUCUCGUCUGUGUUCCAGUUCCUACGUGAAGAGGAGACUUUGUGAAAUCUCUUUUGACAACGGACACUGUUAACAACCAAACUGUCUUUGGAGCCUUCUUGCCGAUUACCCAUCAAAUACAUGGGUUUAAUCGAAGGUCAUGAAUCAUGAUCUCGCCCACCUCUAAUCUGCUGGGCUGCAGCAGAUCCCAGGAUUUAUUUUGAAAUAUUAUAAAGUGAAAGGGUUUUGGUGCGUGUUUUAGCUUUACGGUACAUAACUGACUUAAUUAAAGACCUGUAAUCAGGUUUAAAUAAAAUUCAGUAUACUUAUAUACAAAAUGACUUUAGCAUGGUUCUAAACUGUGCAAAUAUAACUGUGAUUUAAGGGACUGAUUCUGAGCUUCCUAUCUAAGUAACAAACCAUUUCACCUUAAAAAAAAAAUAUUCCCAUGAAGAAUUUUCCUGAUAUUUUUUACAUCUCGCUUUGGCCUAAUUAUAAAUGCUGGUGGAAAGUUAUAUUAGAAGAGGUUUGCGAGUUUAUUGAAAGGCUGCUGCUUACACAGUUUUAAAUGGUAGACAUAGUUAAAAUAACACUGUGUGUGAUUAAUAUUUGCUAAUCUGAUUUUAUAUACAGUGGUACCUCAUGUUACGUCCGCUGUGGGUUACGUCUUUUCAGGUUAUGGACGCGCCGAACCCAGAAGUCCCGGAACAGGUUACUUCCGGGUUCAGCAUACAUGCAUGCGCAGAAGCGCCGAAUUGCGUCAUGCACAUGCGCAGGCGCAGCGCUUCAGGAUGCGGCCUUUUCAUAUUGCAAACGGGCCUCCGGAACAGAUCCCGUUGGCAACCAGAGGUACCACUGUAUAUAUUUUUUUACCCCUUUCACCUAUUUUUGAAAGGUUCAUGUCUACUAACCUCACUGUUACACAUUUGCUUUAGGUAUAUUCUGCAUUAUUAUAAAUCUAAAUAAAUAAACCCCAUGCCUUCGAAGGCAAAUAAAAACCAAGAUAGUGAAUGACCACUAAAUCUGGUUUUUUGUGUGUGUGCGAUUACAUUUAUUUUCCUGCCAUAAUUAUUGGACUCUUGGUGUGCACAUAUAUGUAUUUGUAUAAAAUCUGUGUAAAGUUCUGUAGACGAGUAUAUUCUUUAAAGUUACAGGUAGGUAGCCGUGUUGGUCUGAGUCGAAGCAAAAUAAAAAAAUUCCUUCAGUAGCACCUUAAAGACCAACUAAGUUUUUAUUUUGGUAUGAGCUUUCGUGUGCAUGCACACUUCUUCAGAUACACUUGAAACAGAAGAGUCAGGCCCUUAUGUAUAUACAGAGGGUGGUGGGAAGAGAAGUUGCUGAAUUGGAACUCAUUACCAAGCUUAAAACCAUGGAGCCACCUGGGAUGAACAAAGACAUAGGAUUCUUAUCUCAUUAUGCAUGAUCAGCUUUCUUUAGUGCCUCAGCCCUUGCCUUUUCCCCGCAGGACCAAUUGCAGUCAUCAGCAGUCGUUAACAGCCAUCUACAGGUUUACCACUCCCAUCAGCCCAUCAUCCAUUCCCACCC